GAGCAUGAGCAGCAGCAUCUGCCACUGGAUAACGAGAAGCGCUCGAAGCCUCGACCUGCACGAGCAGCACCUUCUUCCGAUGACUCGGUGCUCUGCUUUCUCAGGGUUCGUGGCGGGCUUUGAGGUUCUAUUGUGAGCAGGAGCCGGAGCCGGCCGAGCCCAGUUGUGCGGGAGCGAGUGGGAAAUCCGUGCGAGUGCGAGGCGCAGUGGGAAUUUUGAUUUUGAUUGAUUUGUUCUGCAGCGAUGGCUGUGGCAGCUGCAGCUGGGCGAUGCGCUGGUGCAUUGCCUCAAGCCGCAGCUUCGCUCUCGUUUUCGAGCUCUGUUGCGCAGACGGGAGCAGCGGCUUUCGUUCCUUCCUCAUCCCCCUCCGGACGUAAACAUUCUUCAGGCGGUCCUAUCACCUGUUUGAGGACAGAUUCCGAGCCCAAGUCCGUGAAGGAGAGAUCACUUCUAGACAAUGCAAGCAAUUUGUUGACAAACCUUCUCAGUGGAGGAAACCUCGGUUCUAUGCCCAUAGCAGAAGGAGCUGUUUCGGACCUCUUUGCGAGACCUCUCUUCUUCGCUCUCUAUGAUUGGUUUAUCCAACAUGGAUCAGUUUACAAAUUAGCCUUCGGGCCGAAAGCAUUCGUGGUCGUCUCCGAUCCUAUUGUGGCGAGACACAUUCUUCGGGAGAAUGCUUUUGGCUAUGAUAAGGGCGUUCUUGCAGAUAUUUUGGAGCCAAUCAUGGGCAAGGGACUUAUUCCAGCAGAUUUAGAGACAUGGAAGGUUAGAAGGCGAGCUAUUGUUCCAGGUUUCCACUCAGCAUACUUGGAGUCGAUGGUUGAGGUGUUCAACGACUGCACGGAGAGGACUAUAAACAAACUAGAAACUCGUCUGCAUAGAGCCCAAUCCACAGGCGAAGACCUGAUCGAAGUCGAGAUGGAGGCCGAGUACUCGAAUCUCGCCCUUGAUAUCAUUGGCAUAAGCGUGUUCAACUAUGACUUUGGAUCUGUGACAUCCGAAUCUCCAGUUAUCCAGGCUGUGUACGGCACUUUGUACGAAGCAGAACAUAGAUCGACAUUUUACAUCCCUUAUUGGAAGUUUCCUCCAGCAAGAUGGCUCGUUCCCCGCCAAGUGAAAUUUAACGCGGAUCUGAAAGUUAUAAACGAUUGCCUCGACGACCUCAUUCGGAAUGCACGAGACACUCGUCAGGAAGACGAUGCUGAAGCGAUGCAACAACGAGAUUAUUCCAAAGUUAAUGAUAAGAGCUUACUGCGGUUCCUCGUCGACAUGAGAGGAGAAGAACCUGAUGACAAGCAGCUUCGAGAUGACUUGAUGACGAUGCUCAUUGCCGGCCAUGAAACCACGGCUGCUGUGCUAACUUGGGCAACUUAUAUGCUUGCUCAGAACCCGGAUAAAAUAAAAAAGGCUCAGGACGAGAUAGACAGCGUUCUGGGAGAACGGAAGCCAACAUACGAGGACCUGAAAAAGCUGCAGUACGUGCGCCUCAUCGUUGCGGAAUCAUUACGUCUGUACCCUCAACCACCACUGCUUAUCAGGCGGUCACUGAAACCCGACAAGCUUCCAGGGGGCCAUAAAGGAGACGUGAACGGCUACGCCAUCCCAAAAGGAGUCGAUAUCUUCAUUUCUGUGUACAAUCUGCACCGAUCUCCCUACUUUUGGGACGAACCUGAUAAAUUCAUGCCCGAGAGAUUCUUGAAGGCCAAACAGAGUGAGGUCGAUGGCUGGGCUGGUUUCGAUCCCCAGCGGAGUCAAGGUGCAUUGUAUCCAAACGAGACGAUUGCGGAUUUCGCAUUUUUGCCAUUCGGUGGUGGUCCUCGCAAGUGCGUAGGAGACCAGUUUGCGUUGAUGGAGUCCACCAUCGGACUCACGAGGCUUCUGCAAAAGUUCGACGUGCAACUGAAAGGCAAGCCCGAGGAUGUGGAGCUGGUCACCGGGGCCACCAUUCAUACCAAGGCGGGACUGUGGUGCAAAUUGAAGAAGAGGCAGAGUGUAAAGAGUGUUGUCACAGCGGAACCCGCAGCUGUCAACUCGUAGAAGCUAACGCCCUUGUUCCUGUAACACUAGUGUACAAUUUCUCUGCGUAGCAUUUUCAAGCCACGCUCGUAGGCACCGAUGUAAGAACCUCAACGAUGGGGAAUAACGAGAGCCUGCAACUCCCACAUUCGCAACAAGAGCUUCUGCUUCCUUCAACCGAGGGAUGUCAUCCAUUUCUUGAGCUGAUUGAUUGAUUGGGGGAAGUGGCAAAUGUGCAAAGCCGAUUCCCUCCAUCCAAACUCUCAUUUGCUCACCACUUUUUUUCUUGUACCCCGUGCGUCUAGAGAGAUGGCUGACUACACUUUGGCCCUGACAUUAUUUUGGGAAUUCGAAUCCGGAGUUUGCGA